AUGCAUCGAGAACAUCGAAUGCUGUGCUGUGCUGACCAUAUCAUAAGCAUGUACGCACCUGACAAAGGCAAACCCAUAGCAGAGCGUGAGAACUUCUACCAACAGCUACAAGAAACGCUGGAUAAAAUAAGCAACAUCGACAAAGUUAUAAUACUUGGGGACCUGAAUGCUAGAAUAGGUCAGGAGGUUAUCCCGAAUAUUAAACAAAAAUUUAAUGAGUCUAUCAUUAAUGAAAACGGGGAACUUCUCAUCGACUUUUGUGCUAACAACGAGCUCAGAAUAAAUAACACAUUUUUCUUUCAUAAACCUCAGCAUAAGUUUACAUUCAACAACAGAAGAGGACAACGCUCAAUGAUCGACUUCAUAAUCAGCAAUAGAGCCAUUAUGCCUACACAAAUACUAGACGUCAGAGCACUCACCUCGACCAACCUGGGCACAGACCACAGUCUGGUACUAUGCAAAUUAUUAAUGGAGACCCCGCACAAAAGCCGAAAGCCACACAAGAAUACUAUACGAAAACAGACUAAAAGCAAAAUUACAAGAACUGGAUUCAACAAAAUAUGA